CGAUCAGACAUAGCCUGAGAUGCCUCCAGCUAGCUUGGCUGACGAACCCGGCUAGCCUUGGUCCUGCACGUGCGCUGGCGUCUCCUCCGCGAUUAGGCACCGACGCGCCUUCCCAUCCUCUGGGCGGGCCAGUCUCCUCAGCCAGCAACAACUCGCUUGCAUCCUAAAAAGAGACGACAGUUGCGCAACGAUGAGCGGAGGGCUGGGGAAAAUGGGUCGCAUAUAUCGCGCCAAAAUACACGUUCUUCCAUUCACCGACCAUGCUGGCAAAGAGGCGCUCAUGGUGUUCAGAGGCAGAGAAACUUGUCCACUUCCUCCGCUCUACAGUUUCCACGUCUAUUUCACCCAUCAAGACGUCAACCCUGGGAAUGUCCAGCCGGUCGAACUCCUCGAGGCUCUCGUCCGAGACACGCCGUACUUUGCCUAUGGAUGUCCCUAUCGUCUGGAGUUACAUUUCCUGCCUAUGCCCGGUGCAACGGUCGAAGAAUGCGACAAAGCCUGCAUCGCCCACUAUAUCGAAGAGAAACGCCACCGAGGCGACUAUGCGAGUCAAAUCAUACACCUUGAGACGUCCCUCAUCCCCAGUGGUAGUCUACCUGGCUUCGUACCGAGUUACAUACAAUAUGAAGAUUGCGAUUGGCUACGAGGGCGUCUCUACAGCUACCAAGGAGCCAGCUGGCCUAUGGAGAAGCAGCCUGCACGCAGUAUAAGCUUCGAUCCUCUCCCGCAAGAUCAGCUUCGUGUAUUGGCCGAGGAAGUGAUGGAAGAAUGUGCGGUUGAUGGUGUACUUCCGCCAAAUCGAGUCACUCCACGAGCAUUUCAAAAGGGUGAAGAAUAUGGUGUUGGCCCACAGCAUGCGGGCGAGGAUAUGUAUUACCUUUCCAACGGCGACACGCAAAACAUCACGCUCGAGCCGUAUCAGGAAGCGGUUGAGCGUGGUUGGUCAACGUGGUAGGACCAAUGUGAGGAAUCGGGUCGGUAGACGCCAAGA